AUGACGGGACAGAACCCCGAGGCUCCGGCGCCUGUGUCCUCCAAGGACCAUGGCCCCGAGGGCACCGCAUCCACGAAGCAGAGCGCCGGCUCUCGGCAAGGCGCGCUGCUGCCCGCGCAGCAGGACCCCGAAGUUGGCUUCGAGCACAGCGACGAGCUGGACAACGACCAGAUGAAGCAGCUUGCUGCCUCUGGAAACGCCCACUUCCAUCGCCUCGGCUGGAAGCGCCUUGCAAUUGUCACCAUUGUCGAGGCCGUCGCUCUCGGCGCGCUAAGUCUGCCCAAGGCAUACGACACGCUGGGAAUGUUCCCCGGCGUCUUCCUGACCAUUAUGCUGGGCUUUAUUGCCAUCUUCACCAGCUACAUCGUCGGUCAAGUCAAGCUCAAGUACCCUGAAGCGGCUAGCUAUGCCGAUGCGGGACGCCUGCUACUCGGUCGCUUUGGCUACGAACUCUUCGGUGCUGCUAUGGUUCUUGAACUGGUUAUGGUUGUCGGAUCGCAUGCGCUGACUGGCAGCAUCGCGCUGGGAGAUCUCAACAACGGACACGUCUGCUCCGUUGCCUUUUCUGCCAUUUCCGCAAUCAUUCUGCUGGUUCUGGCCAUUCCCCCCUCCUUUACUGAAGUCGCUAUCCUCGGCUACAUUGACUUCGUGUCCAUUAUUGUCGCGAUUGGCAUCACCAUCAUUGCGACGGGCAUUCAGGCCACCAACAGUGAGCACGGCCUGAAGGGAGUUGAUUGGAGAACCAUGCCCAAGGAAGGCCUCAGCUUUUCCGAAGCAUUUGUCGCUGUGAGCAACAUCAUCUUCGCCUUUAGCUUCGCCAUUGGCCAAUUCUCCUUCAUGGACGAGAUGCACACCCCGACCGACUAUAUGAAGUCUAUUUGGGCGUCGGGAACCAUCCAGAUCUGCAUUUACACGCUGACCGGUGCUUUGUGCUACGCCUUUAUUGGCAGCAAUGUGCUCGCGCCAGCUCUACUGUCGGCCGGUCCUACCAUCUCAAAGGUGGCUUUUGGCGUGGCAUUGCCUGUCAUCUUCAUCUCUGGUUCCAUCAACUCCACAGUUGCUCUGCGAUACAUUCACGGCCGUAUCUGGAAGAAGUCCAUCGUCCGAUAUGUCAACACCCCUCAGGGCUGGUUCUGGUGGAUUUCCCUGGUCACCGUCUUUACCAUCAUUGCUUGGAUCAUUGCUGAGGCUAUCCCCAUCUUCUCGGACUUGCUGUCGCUUGCCUCUGCUCUGUUCGUCUCGGGAUUUUCUUUCUGGAUUCCGGCCGUCAUGUGGUUCUAUCUUCUCUGCGAAGGCCCGUGGUUCUCACGCAAGAAUAUCCUCAUCAGUCUCGGAAGCAUUCUCGCUUUCAUUGUUGGUAUUGUGACUCUGGGCGCUGGCACCUAUGCUACAAUUAAAGAUAUCAUUGACCAAACCACUCACGGUGACACCCAUCGUCCAUUCGCUUGCCGCCCGCUUCCGACCGUCGGUAACGCCACGGCUGGACACUGA